AUGAGCUUCAGAAACUGGGUGGGGAUGUUUUUGAUGGGCGCUGUCAACAACCUUCCUUACGUUGUUGUCAACUCUGCUGCAAGCACUAUUGCUGAAAGCUUCAACGAGAAGAACCUGGUCGGGGUUGUUUUCGCUGCCAACGUGGCGCUGUCUGUCUUCGUCAAGUCUCUCAACACAUUCUUGCUGCUGAAAGUGUCGUAUGGUCUCAGAAUAAUCGUCAAUGGCUGUGUCAUGCUGGCAGGCCUGUUUGGGAUUGCAUACGCUUUCAACUUCGGCUUUGCCAUCGCGUGUAUAGCUGUGAUUGGAUCAACAUCAGCGUUCGGAGAAAAUGUGACAUUAGGAUUCCUGCUAGGAUUUCCGGGGUCACUUGUCAACGCCUGGUCAAGUGGGACAGGUAUGGCCGGACUGUUGGGAUCCUCUCUCUACGUCCUUUUUGGAUGUGUUGUUGGUAGCGGACAGGACAAGACAAACAAACUUCACAGUUUAACCAAAUAUGCCUUCCUGUUGACAACACCCGUUGUCCUCCUUUACUGGCUGGCCUAUUUCAUCAUUAUCAAACGUCCAUCAAGUCACCCAGACCUCCAGGUGGUGGUCCCGGACCUUCCAGUCAACUACGGCACGGUUGGUCAUCCACAGAACAGACAGCAGCAAGGCGAUGGCGAUUUGGGUAAGGUGACAAAGAUCUUAAACGCUGGCAGCAUCAAUACUCAAGGGUAUAGAGACCUAUCUUCGAGCAGUAAGCCCUCAGAGUCUGCCUGUAGGAGGAUCGUCAGAUGUUUACGGCUGGUUCUUUGGUUGGCCAUUAACCUGUGUGCAGUGUACAUGUUUGAGUAUGUGGCCCAGGCUUGUGCGGCUAAGGUUAGAUCCAGCAAAGAAUAUAAUGUUGGCUGUCCUGAACUUUACGCUUCCCUUCAGCUCUGCUAUCAGGCUGGAGUUUUUGUGUCCAGAUCAAGCGUGCAACUGUUCAAAAUUCGACGAGUUGAAAUACUUACAAUCUGGCAAUUUGUAAAUAUGAUAUUAUGGAUUGUCGACGAUCACUACAAAUUCCUGCCAGUAGCAGCGCUUCCGGCACUAAUGAUCGUUGUGGGCUUAUUGGGUGGGGCCUCCUAUGUCAACAUAUUUUACCUCAUCCUGCAUGAGGGAGACUUCCCAGCCGAAGACCGAGAGCUGUGUGUCAAUCUGACUGGCAUCUUCAUUACUACAGGUAUCGUUCUUGGCUCAGGAUUUCAGACAUUGCUGUCUAUAACUGUACUUAAGGAUGACUAA